CCUCCCUCACUUGGAAACUCUGCGAGGAGCGGAGAGGUCCAUUUCCCUCAGUAACUCCUUGGAUGGUGUGUCCGGAGGUGCUGAGCAGAGACAUUGAGGGACAAUGAGGGAAGUCAGUCGCCAAUCCUUCUGGAGGGCAGUGCUGGCUGAGUUCCUGGGGAUGACCAUCUUCGUCUUCCUCAGCAUCGGCUCAGCCACCAAGUGGACGGGGAGCCACAUCCCCGCCGACAUCGUGCAGAUCUCCCUCUGCUUCGGGCUGUCCAUCGCCACGCUCGCCCAGUGCCUAGGGCACAUCAGCGGCGCGCACCUCAACCCCGCCGUCACCUUCGGCUUGCUGGUGGGCUGCCAGAUCAGCCUGGUGCGGGCUGCCGCCUACAUCGGCGCCCAGGUGCUGGGAGGGGUGGCCGCCAGCGCCAUCCUCCUCGGGAUCACUCCGCCGUCUAGGAACAGCACACUCGGACUCAACACGCUGUCGGAUGGCGUGACCCCGGGGCAGGGUCUGGGCGUGGAGCUGAUCAUCACCUUCCAGCUGGUCCUCUGCGUCUUCGCGACCACGGACAAGAGGCGCACUGACCUGUCUGGCUCUGGGCCACUGGCGAUCGGGCUCUCCGUCACCAUUGGACACCUGAUGGCGAUCGGCUUCACCGGAUGUGGGAUGAAUCCUGCUCGGUCCUUUGGUCCGGCGGCCAUUACCGGCGAUUUCAGAAAUCACUGGGUCUACUGGGUGGGCCCCAUCAUAGGAGGAGCAGCCGCCGCCCUUGUCUACGACUUUGUGCUGACCAACCGCUACCAGCAGUCGUCUGACCGGCUCAGGGUGUUGACCGGCGGCAUGAAAGAGGAGUACGAAGUGGACGGAGAUCAAGACAGGGCGAGAAUGGAGAUGAAGCCGAGAUAGAGGCGUGCCAACGGGGGGGGGGGGGGGGAGGG